AUGAAAUUCACGCAAUCCAGUAAUUCCGAACUCGGCUCCACGAACUGGGUUGUACUCUCCCUUACCGCUUAUGGCAAUAGCGAGAAUUCCGAUCACAAAGAGAACAAUCCUGAGAGAGAAACGAAAACAUUUCUCGUCAAGUCUGUGUUCAAGAGCGAUCGAUAUGUUGUGUUGGUCACCGACUUGAGAAGUAUUUGGUUUGAGGAGUUGAGAGAGAGAGAGAUCAUGGAGCGUGCCAAGGACGUCGGAUCGGGGUUGGACUCCUCUGAAGAAAUCCAAGUGCCCAAUCUGUUGACCCUACUCGCGGGACUUUUGGAAACGCAAAAAGAAGAUGUGACUUAUGAAUUUGAGAUCGUGAAGAAUGCGUUCAGGCUAAACACAUCAACGGAUCUGGGUUUGGUAACUUUGCGAUGGGUAUUCUUCUGUGAAGUUAUACCGACAUCGUCAUCGGCGGGUGUUACAGUUUCGGAAGAUAUAUUCGAUGGACCUGCCAUUCUCUACAAUCAUCUCACGCUACCGAUGAUGAGUGUCAUGUUGGGAUAUAUGCAGCAGGUCGACGAGUUGGUUAAAAUGGUUAAAGAUAAGGAGAAUGAAUUGGCGGAUGUGGCUGAAGGGAGAAUGUCGACAAGGAAACAAAAAACGGGUCAGUUUGACGAGGACAAAUUGGAAGAGAUCAUGAGAAAGGUUGAACAUGCGAAUAAAAAAGAGUUUAACCCAGUUUACAAAAUAUUUGCCGAUACAAAAACGCGCACUUUACUAAGAGAGGUUACAGAAAAUGCCAUAUCAAAGCCAGGGGCAGAGGGCGAUCCGUCACAAUCGACUGAUUUAGGCUCUGGUUUGUCUAGUCUACAUAAGAUACCACCCGAAACGCCACCAAACUCCCAGUCAAGUCGCAUUGGUUACGAUUCAAGUCAAUCGACCAUUAUUGAUGAGGAUAUAGCAACACGGCAACCAGUAGAUUCCAAAUCUUUGGAAACUUCGCUUAAUGUUGGUGGAGCUGUGGCGUUAUCUGGUGAAGUUAAAAAUGAAGAAAUAGAGGAAACGGUCCCAACGCAGAAAGAGUUGAAGAAACGUCAGCAGAUUAAGGAUAAUCAAAAGAAGUACGAGGAGGGUUUGAAGAAAAGGAGAAGGAAAGUUUGGUAA